UAAGAACAACCUCCUUUAGUUUUUGUUCGUUUCAUUAACAUCACACGUUAAAGCCGCGGAGGGGAUGUUUUGCCGAUUAGGGUAGCGGACGAGCGGUAACGAUCGAGGAAAGACUGCGCCCCUUCUACUUUGAUUUGAACGAACGAACGAACGAAGAAGCAACACGCCAUGUCUUCUACGGUGGCGCUACAAUCGCAGAUAGCUUUCACGACUGCGCCUCUCUUCGUAAGAGCGGCCACCACUACUGCUACGCCUAAUGUCAAUGUUUCUCUGGUGCACGCCCCGACUCCUUAUCGUCGUGCACUUCGCUGCUCCACAAAUCGAAAUAGCGCUAUCGUCGGCAGAAACCGUUCUGGAAGGACCGGAUCCGGAUCCGGAUCAUUUCGAUGCUUAUGCGCUCUAAGUCCUGAGUUGAAGACUACUUUGGAUAAAGUUGUUACAUCAGACAAAGUUGUGUUGUUCAUGAAAGGAACCAAGGAAUUUCCACAAUGUGGAUUCUCCAACACAGUGGUGCAGAUACUAAAGUCCUUGAACAUGCCUUUUGAGACAAUAAAUAUCCUUGAAAAUGAAGUGUUGCGACAAGGAUUGAAGGAGUAUUCCAGUUGGCCAACCUUUCCUCAGCUCUACAUUGAUGGGGAAUUUUUUGGUGGUUGUGACAUCACAGUAGAGGCAUACAAGAGCGGAGAGCUGCAAGAAGUGCUUGAAAAGACAAUGUGCUCUUGAUAGGUUGAAAUAUAGACAUUUGAUGCCAUCAAAUUGCAAAGUAGCAGCAUCAUAAUCCUAAAACAAUGUUAUGAAAUGUCUUAUUCUGUCAUCCAAAUGAUAUGAAUGUAGGGUGUCAGUUAUUCUGUCUCUAUUUUUAAAAUAAAAAUAAUUUAUUAUUCAAUUUCUGACCUGCAUUGCUUCAUAUAAAUUUUGGUUUGA